GAGAAAAGAAAGGGCGGUGAAGAAAGGAAGAAAGAAGGAAGGAAGGAAGGAAUCGAGAAAGAGAGAAACGAAGAAAAAAAGAAGAGAAGAAAAGCGCGAGAAGAAGGAGAAGAAGAAGAAACCUGUUGUUCCAGUUGUUCAUCGAGUCACUCGAAGAGGAAUCUCGCGCGACUCGGCACACCCGCCCGUCUCGAUGAGAUUCGAACAAGACACAGCGUGCAGGGGUACCCACUGCGCCAGCACUCCGCAACCCUCCGCGCUGCAGCAGCGAUCACGGCUCGAGGAGGUGGUGGAGGAGGAGGUGGACUCCUCGUUGAAGGACAUCGACGUAGGCCAACGACGCAGACGAAGAGAAUUGGAGGCUAACGUGGUCGAGGGUGCGAACACGGGGCCGAGGGCCGAGGCGGGGGGGCCUGGGAUGGCGUACCCCGCGUCAGCGACGGCUCUCAACACCCAACACUCGGCCUUCGCCGCCACCUCGAUCGCUGGCACGCCGCCGGCCAACCCCAACGGCCACAUAUCCGGCGGCCACCUGCCGGCGCCGGCCGCCCCGCGCCCGACGGACUUCAGCGUCUCCUCCUUGCUCACCGCCGCCACCACUCAUCCCCCGAUAUUAGGCGGCUCGUCCUCUCAGGGCAGCGCCUCGCCGCCGCCCGGCGGACCCGGCAGCCCCGCGGCCGCGCGAACGCCGCCCCCGUUGCCAAGCCAGAGGGAAUUGUCCCAUCCGUCCUCGGCGGUCGCCGCGGCCAGCUACUUCAGCGCUGCCGCCCUGGCGGCGGCCGGAUUCUACAAUCCGGCGGCCCAUCUGCCCGCGACCAGCUCGCCUGGCCCGACGGCCCACCACCUCCAGGGCAAAGGGAUCCUCAGCGGCACCCAUCAUCAUCCGCAUCUCAACCCCCACGGUAUCACGCCGCCAGGUUUAGGCUUGGGUCCGCACACGCCCGAGGAAGCAGCCGUGCUGGCGGCCGCGGCGGCAGCGUUGCACCAUCAUCAUCAAGGUGGUCCUGGCGGGCCAGCGAUGAGGCCGCUCAGGCCUCCCUUGCCUCCGGGGAUGCUGCACACCUCGCCGCACCCUCUGGCGCCGCACCACCCCCUCGCAGGCCCCCACCACCCUCUCGUGCCCCCCCAUCAUCCGGAGGAGGACGGGGUCGUGGACGAUCCCAAGGUGACGCUCGAGGGGAAAGAGCUCUGGGAGAAGUUCCACAAACUCGGCACGGAAAUGGUCAUCACCAAGAGCGGCCGGUAA